UGCAUUGACGUGUAUCAUUUCAUCCCCACCAUUCUUCUACAAACCACAAUUCUCAAUUUUUCACUUUCUUCAUUUCAUUUCAACAGAGUGUUGCAAAAUUUUCUUAUUUUCUGCACGUAAUUGUGGUUUUUUCCCCGUCAAUUUCCAAUGAACGUUUAGAUUCCUAGUUGUCACUCUCGUAUCAUAUUUAUUGAAAUCGUGUGUUAAAAGUUGUGUCCUUUUGAACAUCAAUAAAAGAUAAAAUAUUUUGGGUUUUUAAUUUCAUAGCCAAAGACCCAUUUUUGGACUUGAACUGGUUUUUUGUUCCCAUGGCCCUUCAUAUUAGCAGUGGUUGUUUUUCUGUGAUGUGUCACUCAAGAGUUCACAGAAUAAGAGCUGCUGCUGCUGCUUCAGAGGGUUCUUCUACUCUUAAUUCAGUAGUGGAGGAGAAGGUGAAUUUGGGUAACUCUGAUUUGAAGGUCACAAGGUUAGGAAUUGGAGCUUGGUCUUGGGGUGAUAGAACUUUCUGGAACGAUUUGGAAUGGAAUGACAGGAAUGAGAAGGCUGCUAGAGAUGCUUUCAAUUCAAGUAUUGAUGGAGGCAUAACCUUUUUCGACACUGCUGAAGUCUAUGGCUCUGGGCUUGCUUUAGGAGCCGUAAGCUCUGAGGUUCUUCUUGGAAGAUAUAUUAAGGAAAGAAAACAAAAGGAUCCAGAUGUUGAGGUUGCUGUUGCAACCAAGUUUGCUGCACUGCCAUGGAGAUUCGGCCGUGAAAGUGUCCUCAAGGCUCUUAAAGAUUCCCUUUGUCGAUUAGGAAUGACUUCAGUAGAUCUUUAUCAGCUUCAUUGGCCUGGAGUUUGGGGAAAUGAAGGUUCACAGUGUAUCAAAUUUUUUUCAUUGAACCAUUCAUUUAAAAAGACUUUUGGAAUCGUAUGUAUCUUUACUUAUGAUCAGAUUAAGAGAAUGUUAGUUCCUCAAUUAUUUUACCUUUCAGGGUAUAUUGAUGGUCUAGGAGAUGCUGUUGAAAAGGGACUAGUGAAGGCUGUUGGAGUUUCAAACUAUAAUGAAAAGAGACUCCGUGAGGCUUAUGAGAAGCUGAAGAAGAGAGGUAUUCCAUUAGCUUCAAACCAAGUAAACUACAGCCUCAUAUACCGUGCCCCUGAAGAAAAUGGUGUAAAGUCUGCCUGUGAUGAACUUGGGAUUACAAUAAUUGCUUAUUCACCAAUUGCUCAAGGUGCUCUAAGUGGAAAGUACACUCCUGAUAAUCCACCAAGUGGGCCUCGAGGCAGAAUUUAUACUCCUGAAUUCCUAACAAGGCUCCAACCUUUACUGAACAAGAUUACUGAAAUAGGAGAGAAGUAUGAUAAAACUCGUACACAGGUAUCACUGAACUGGCUGGUAGCACAAGGCAAUGUUGUGCCAAUUCCUGGAGCCAAGACAAAAGAACAGGUUAAGGAAUUCGUAGGUGCACUUGGGUGGAGACUAACCGAAGAAGAGGUGGCUGAGCUGCGUAGUUUGGCUUCAGAAAUUAAGCCUGUCAUUGGUUUUCCAGUAGAAAACCUCUAGAAUAUUCUUAAACACAAAAAUGGUUGCUGCAUGCACCUUCCCAAUCCACUGUAAAAAUUGUAUCUGUUUAUCAAUAUAGCUCUGAUUAUUUGUUAA